AGGAGUUUGGUGAUGGGUGAACAGAUUGGGCCUCCCUCCAGACCAUCUUCUCCAAAUCCUCAAGAACGUGUGCUGAAGUGUGGCUGGCUAAAGAAACAAAGGAGCAUAAUGAAGAAUUGGCAGCAGCGGUGGUUUGUGUUGCGUGGGGAUCAGCUCUUCUAUUAUAAGGAUGAAGAGGAAACUAAACCUCAGGGUUUGAUACUUCUGCAAGGCAGUCAGGUGAACGAGCUGCCACCUAAUCCGGAUGAACCAGGGAAACAUCUCUUUGAAAUUACCCCAGGUGGUGCAGGGGACCGGGAAAAGAUGCCUGUCAAUCAUGAGGCUUUCCUGCUCAUGGCUAAUUCCCAGAAUGAAAUGGAAGAUUGGGUGAAAGCCAUCCGACGGGUUAUAUGGGCUCCAUUUGGUGGAGGGAUCUUUGGACAGCGCUUGGAGGACACCGUACAGUACGAGCGGAAAUAUGGCCAGCGCUUGGCCCCACUGCUGGUGGAACAGUGUGUGGAUUUUAUUCGGGAGCGAGGUCUUACAGAGGAGGGGCUCUUUCGGAUGCCGGGACAAGCCAACCUUGUCAAAGAUCUGCAGGAUUCUUUUGAUUGUGGAGAGAAACCCCUUUUUGACAGCAACACAGAUGUUCACACUGUGGCGUCCCUCCUGAAGCUUUACCUUCGAGAGCUGCCAGAGCCUGUCAUCCCCUUUGCCAAAUAUGAAGACUUUCUUUCUUGUGGACAGCUACUCUCAAAAGAUGAGGGAGAGGGUACCCAGGAACUGGUUAAGCAGGUGAAGAAUUUGCCCCAAGCUAACUACAACCUCCUCAAAUACAUAUGCAAGUUUCUUGAUGAAGUUCAGGCUCACUCCAGCAUUAACAAGAUGAGUGUCCAGAACCUGGCUACAGUAUUUGGACCAAACAUACUGCGGCCCAAAAUGGAGGAUCCGGUGACCAUGAUGGAAGGCACCUCGCUGGUUCAGCACCUGAUGACAGUGCUGAUAAGCGAACAGGGGCGGAUCUUUGCUGUUCCUCAGGGGGAUGUGCCUGGGAGCCAGCUGGAAAUCAGACCCGUGCGGCAGCGCAGCACUGUCGAGUGGAUCUCCGAGGAGGACGGGGAGGACAGCAGGUCACAGAACAGCGCUGCCAGCCCCGCUGAUUUGCCAUCUGGCAAUGCUGUGGCUCUAGAGGCCACUCCAGGACCUGCAGUGAAAAUCACUCCUCCAGAGCACAGUGGCAAAUCGACUCAGCCUGCCACAAGCCCCAGUAAAAGAGUGCAGACACUGCCUCCAUGGAAAUAUUCCUUCCGCCAGCAGGGAGCACGCUCUGUGAGUCCAAAGCUGGGCAGCUCAUCCUUAGAUAUCCCCAACCUCUCCUCCAGUGGGAACUGGUUGAUGAACGGCCUGUACUCUCUCCGAGGCCACCGCCGGACAGCUUCUGGGGAACGAGUGAAAGACUCGUGUUCCUCCCAGAGACUCUCUACUUAUGACAAUGUCCCUUCAUCCAGCCUGUCCCUCAGCACACACAGCAUGGCCAGCACCACCUGGUCUACAUCAUCCUGUGAGAUCUCCGUGAUGGACUCGGUGAGCAGCUGCCCAGCCUGCCGGGCCAGUGACUCUUCUGCUUUAAGCUCCCUAAAAACCGAGUGGGUAACUCAGGGCUCGCUGUCUCAGAGCGAGGUAAAGACAGCAGAUCUGGAGAACAGCACGGACAGGUUUGAAGCCUGCAGCAGCAGCAGCAGUGAACAGAGUGACCCGGCUGCAGCUUCUCGAGACUCUGUCCAAUGCUCCAGGGCCUUACAGAGCUUGGUGGUGGAGCUAAAGACAGAACUGAGCAAACAGAGGACUGAGUAUGAGACUAGUAUCAAAAGAAUUGAAGAAACAAGUGCAGACCUGAGGAACCAAGUGGUUAGGUUAGAAGAAGAACUGGACCAAGAACGAAAGAAAUACACAAUGCUGGAGAUAAAGCUGAGGAAUUCUGAACGCGCUCGGGAAGAUGCCGAGAAGAGAAAUUACCUCCUGCAGAAGGAAAUGGAAGAAUUUUUUUCAACAUUAGGAUGUUUAACUGUUGGGAGUCAAAGUGCUAAAGUCCCCAAGUAGAACAAGUAUAGAAAAUCCUGUUCCUGACAAAAUGAGUGAAAAUGCGUAUUUUGUUCUGGUAUACUCAUGUAUCAUGAGUAAUGCUAUAGUGAUUGUGCUCUCAGUGACACUUGCCCUGUUGUCUUUACAUGUGCUAUAGUAUUUGGGCCAGUUGGGAAAGACUGUGGACUAUAAAGCUUGAAAAUUUAGUGUCAGAUUGCCGAGAAAGAGUGGGUCCCCUCUGUAUCCACAGAACUUAAGAUACUCUUCUCCAGAGUGCCCCGCUGCCAUCUUUGGACUCAACUGCACCAUCCUUUUGCUGGCUCAAGAACAGUGGAAGGUCCUGCAGGGUGGGUGCAUGGCCAGAACCAAUAGACAAGCUGAGCCUGGAGCUGAGGGAUUCCCACACUUGUGCUUGGGAAGGCGGCAGUUCCAGUCUGUCACCACAGCUGGGAGGUUUGCCAGACAGAUUUAAUGAGGUGGUUUUUGCCCCACUCCCUCCAUAAAGUUUGUUCAAAUUUCUCAGUCAGAGUGGUAUUAUUUUAUGAAGAUAUUAUGAAAACAAGGUCUGCAAACACACUGAGGAUAUCAAGAUCUUGAAAAUUUCACUAAAAUUGUCCC